GCAGUUUGGUCGUAAAUCUCACCUCCAGAGGUUGUCUUUGCUACUCGGGCUCGGUCUCCAUGUCUCAUUCUCCUUCUCAUUCAUCCUCCUCUCAAUCUAUUCACUGUCCGGUAGAGACGUCGUCGGCGUGGGUAAUGGAUAAGCUGAGCGGAUCACACCGGUUCGAGAUCAACAGUUACUCACAAGCCACAAAAUUAGUAGGCAAUGGGGAUUACAUCAAAUCCGCCAUUUUCUAUGUCGGCGGGCACGCCUGGACCAUCAGAUACUAUCCGCACAACUAUCCGAACAACUACAUGGAUAGCGAGACGUACGUCGGGCUUUUUGUUGAGCUUGCCAGUGAUGCCACGAACGUCAGGGCGCUCUACAACCUCGAGCUACUGGACCAGAACAGAGAUUCGGUAUCGCGGGCUCAAGCAGGUCCGGUGACUUUCGCUUACGGGGGCCAAUAUCACGGCAAUUCUUGCUUCGUAAAAGUGGCAUCGCUGAUUCUCAAAGACGACUGCCUGACAGUCCGAUGCACAGUCACUGUUCUGAAAGAGCCGCGUGCAGUAGAAUCCAAGAUUCCCAUGAUUCCCUCCAUCACGGCUCCGCCCUCUGACUUGCAUCAGCAUCUCGAACAGCUCUUGGAGAGCGGAGAGGGGGCAGACGUAACCUUUGAAGUCUGCGGGACGACUUUUGGAGCACAUAGAUGCGUGCUUGCUGCGCGGUCGCCGGUCUUCAAGGCCCAACUCUUCGGCCAAAUGAAGGAAAAGAACAUGCAGUGCAUAAAGAUAGAAGAAAUGGAUGACGCGGUAUUCAAGGCUUUACUUCAUUUCAUCUAUUCGGACUCGGUGCCGCCCGAGAUGGAAGAGCCGCAGAACAGUUCUUCCACUGUGAUGGCUCAGCAUCUGCUUUCUGCUGCUGACAGGUACGAGUUGAAAAGGCUGAAGUUAAUAUGUGAAGAAAAGUUAUGCCAGAAUAUGGAUGUAGAGACAGUUGCGACUACCUUGGCUUUGGCUGAACAGCACUUCUGUGACCGGCUCAAAGCUGCUUGCCUCGAAUUCAUUGCCUCUCCAGAAAAGCUGAUUGCUGUCGCACUUACUGACGGGUUCGACCACCUGAAGAAAAGUUGCCCUUACGUGCUGAAGGAGCUCCUAGAGAAGUUUGGUUUCCUCUCUGUCAAAGAAGCUUGAGGAGAAAAAAAGCAUGAGAUCUUAUUAGUUGGUCUCAAUAUAUAAAUAAGCUUGAAGAACAGCAGUUAUGGUACUCAGAGUGUGUUGUUGUUUGCUUUAAUACUUUCAGUUUGCCCUGUUUAAUUAGUAUUGCUUGUUGUAUGUGUUUAGAUAUCAUUUUGUCAAAGCCUUGUUUUGAUAUCAUUAGUAUUGCUUGUUUCAAACGCAAAUUUUAUGUGAUUAGAUGUAGUGGCGGAUGGAGUUUCUGUUCUUGUCCUUGUUUGUAAGCUUGCUAUAUGCCUGUUCUUGUUGCGGAAUGGCAUCUUCUUAAAAAUAAAAUAAAAAAUAAAAAAAAUGAAGUAUAGAAAAGUUUCAAGAAUUUAA